AAACCGGUCGGAAUCUGGUGGUGCCGCGAAGAUUCCCGUUCUUCCGACCCUCCCCGCGUGAGUGGCUAUAUAUAUUCCUGCACACACCGGCUGCAGCAGACGAUACCACCAGCAGACGUGACUUACACGAGCAGCCGUCAAGGUUAUAUUCCACUGCUUCUGCUCAACUAUUGUUUGACCACUGUAACAGCAACUCUUACAUUCGACAUAAUGGCGUUUUCCGAGCACCUUGUACCCAUGAAGAGGGAAGAAUGGAGCUUUUUCGACAAACAGCGUUCAAUUUUCAGUUCAAUGCACUCAGACAUGGACGACGAAUGGAAGUCGUUUGAUAUGGAACUGGAUAAAAUUAAGAGAGACAUGUUUAAACUGACCCCGAUGGACAUGGGCGACUUCGGGUCCAGUCUGAUGCCGAGUCUCGGGUCGGGCUUUGAUAAGUCUCUGGAUUCUUCUUCCUCAUCUUCCAAGAUGACAAAGAAGACAACGACGACGACGACAAAGACAACCAAAAUGACAUCUUCAAAGGGAAGUGCCGAUCCUAUGUCUUCGUUGGAGUCCAGUUUCGGUUCAUCAAUGAACACUAGUUUCGGAUCGUCCAUGGAUUCCAACAUUGACGCUGCCCUGAUGGACGCUGGCUUUGGGUCCGGGUUCGGGAGCACUGCGCUCGACACGUCCAGCCGGAGUUCCUCCGCUAUCGACAAAUACAUGCUGAAGGUCGACCAGCCUUUCGUCACCGACAUGGACGGCAAGAAGAAGUUGUCACUCAAGUUCGAUAUGAGUGAGUUCAAGCCUGAAGAGAUCUCGCUGAAGACUGUGGAUAAUCGUCUAAUGAUCGGAGCAAAGCAUCUCGAGGAGACCGCGACUAGCAAGAUUUACAGAGAGUUCAGUAAGCAGUAUGUACUUCCGGUCAAGAUUGACCCCAUCUCCCUCUCAUCUAUUUUGUCUAAGGACGGAGUGUUGAGCAUAGAGGCCCCGGCCCCCGACUCCGUGGAAGCUCCCAGGGAGAAGAUCCUGCCAAUCCAACGCUUGUUGUAAGAGAACUGUUGUCAUUGUUGUUGUGAGAAAACAUUUUUCCAAGAGAUAUGUGAACUGUUUUUGAAACAUUUUUGUGCACAAUUUGUAAGUAUUACAGUUUUUUAGUCGGGCUCAGAGUCCAGUGUAGCGCGUGAAAGUUUACAUGAAAUUAAUGUUUUGCUCAUGAGAAAUAUAUGUGCUGUUCUGAGUCAGAGAAAAGGUAUUGAUACCUCAGAGAAAUUAUCUGUAAUUAUUAAAAGAAUAGUUUACAACCGACUCCCUUUUUAUCGAAUACAGAUGUUUAUUUCAAAAAUCUCAGUUAAGCCUUGGCGGGUAUUUACUUGGUCUCGUAGCUCAAGGGUUAAAUGGAAUGCCUUUGACAUCUAAACAUUAUAAUUAUCAUCUUGGCAUAAAAUCAGAAUUUCUAAAUUUUCUCGCAAAAUAUCUUUGGCUCAAGCAACAACAAAAUCACCCUACCCAACCAUGUCCCUUAGACGCCAGCACCUCCCACCCUACAUCCCCCAGGGAGUCGGUUGUGUGAUACACAUAUCAAUGAACGCUUGUGUAGCUUUGUGGUAGCUGUGGUCAGGUAAAGAAUAGAGAUUGUUCGAGAGGUUCACACACAGGUUGUGCUAUGUUUACAUCUCUGAUACAUGCUCAGGUAUAUUUUAAUCACGCCAUUUCCAAUAAGGUUAAUCAAUGUAUAUAUUUAUUCAAACAAAGCAUUUAUCCAGGUAUUUAUCCAGGUAUUUUAAAACUGUUUGUCACUUUUAGUCAGUAAUCUAAUUACCACAUUUCCCGUAUUUACCGGAGCAUUGUCUCUGUGUCUGACGUCCGAUAUGUAUGGCGGGCUUGCAGCCCAAGAACUACGGUACAGUGAUCUCCAUGUAUGUCUAUUGAGUACGUUAAGACAUGUGUACAUUGUUAACAUGUUGACAAGUGGGCGUGGCUGUUGACACUGAGAGAUUGAUUGACAGGUGUGUAUUUGUACAGUUUUGCUACUUCCUUUGUUAAACAAUAAAUGUUCUGAAACGA